UGCCUGCCUGGACAUGAGCUAGAGCAGCUCUCAGCCUUCAGCGGGAACCAUCUCGCUCCACUUCCAGCAAGUCCCAACCGGCAGCGCCGUGAGAGUUCCCGCUCCAGUCCGCAGACACUCGGCUCCAGGCUCCUUGCUGCUCACAGGCUUGUCCUGCUGGGAUACUCCGGAUGGAUUCGCUCUGGCACUACCAGUUCCGCAUUAUCAUGCUGGGGGACUCGACGGUGGGAAAGUCGUCCCUGCUGAAGUGUUACACCGAGGGCGCCUUCCUCGACUCCAUCAACCAGACGGUGGGGGUGGAUUUCUACGUCCAGUUUGUGGAGCUGGAGCCCGGGCUCCGGAUCAAGCUGCAGUUCUGGGACACGGCUGGGCAGGAGCGAUUCAGGUCAGUGACUCGCUCGUACUACCGCAACUCCGCUGGGGCAGUGCUGAUGUUUGACCUGACCAACCGAGCAUCCUUUGAGAGCAUCAAGGAGUGGCAUCAGGAGGUGACAGACACGGUGAAACCUUUUCACAUGGUCUUUGUGCUGGUUGGGCACAAGAGUGACCUGGUGCCGCAGCGCCAGGUUGAGCGAAAGGAGGCCGAGAAGCUGGCUUCCUCACUGGGGGCAAAGUAUAUAGAGACAUCCGCUAAAAGCAACAGCAACGUGGAUGAUGCCUUCCAGCUGCUGACCUUGGAGAUCUAUGAAGCUGUGAAGGCAGGGGUGCUGAGCCCAAACAAGGAUUGGGAUGGGGUGAAAAGCAGACUGCCACCCACAGAGGAGCCCAAAGUACAGAACCUGGGAAAACAAGAGAAGCAGAAGAAGUGCUCGUGCUAGCCAGACAUUGUAGACUAAGAAGCCAGAGUGAGCUACCAUCACUCACCUUCCCGUAUGAGACUUGGCUGCCAGGCAGGACUAUAUGCAAGGACAGUCACAAUAGCCUCUUCUAACAGGCUAGUAGUUCCCAUUAACCUCUCCCAGCAAAGGCAACAAACAGAACUGGAACGGGUAAUGUUUCCAUCCACUCACGUUCAAAGGCUGCAGGGUUACACAGCACCCUUUGUGCUUGGAGGAAAUUCCAAAUAGGAAUCCAAUGGUCUAAGCACUGGAAAAGUCUGGAAUUUACACUUGGAUACAAAGUUAAAUACAUUUUAUUCAUAUUUCUGGUUGCCUUUAGCAUUAAAGUUAAAACAAUAAACAUGCCAAUGAAAAUGGCAAGUGUCCCCCAAGUGGUAUAAACAGCGACACUAGACCCAGGAGGUGCCUGCAGAUUCGGAGGAUUUAGAAUUUCCAUGGAUGCUGCAUUUUCUACAGACUAAACAUUCUUCCAGCCGUCCUGGUUGUGAAGCACUUCCCAGCAUUGGUGUUCAGCUUGGAGUCUAUAGAGCCACCCAGCAACAGCAUCUAAAGCACCCCCAGCUUCUCCCAUUCUCAAUGUGGCUCCUCAUUUUAAAACCCUCAAGUUAACAUUAAGCGGUGUUUUGCUGCAGGUUGUCCUGCCCGAAACAUCCAGCCACCACGUCCCUCUCAUGUCACUGGACUUCCCCUUCGCUUGGAAGGACAUGGCCUAGGAACAAGGCUGCAAGUUUCGAAUAUGAAAACAGUCACUCUAUUUGGGAAAAGCAGCUUCCCUCUCAGGCCUUAGAUUUAGCAAUCUGGUUCUAGGGCAACAGGACUGGCUAUUCCCGCAGGCUGUGUUCUUGUGACUACACAGGAUACUGAAAUGCCUUCAAGACAGAACAGGGUAGCUUUCACCUCCAGGUUACUGGUUAGAAUCCAGACCAUGCUGAUAGUUUAAAAAACAAAUAAAACAAAAAACUAGGCUCUGUUGGCUUUUUAGGUGACCACUAUAAGACAUGAAUUGGGCAGGUCUCCAACCAGUUUCCAGACCAGACUGUGGUACCCAAACUUGACGUUCCAUCCGUUCACUUCACAACAAUUUAAGAAAGUGGCACAUGAACCAAUGAAGUUUGGGAUCCAGUUUUAAACCACAUCAUAAAGAACCAUCUCUACAACUGGCCCCUACAAUGGUAGUCUCAGUGGAAAGACCAGUUAUUAGCUGGGCACGGAGAAUGGACGACAUGCAUACUUACAAGCGUGAAUCCCCAUUUUGGAAGGACCGUGUCAGGUACCAGAAUGGCAGUUUAGGACACUCUGGACACUGCCUAUGCUGUCAAUAAGAGUUCAGUUAUGAAGUUAACCAGUCUCAGCAGGAUUCUUGCAAAAUCCCCCCCCUUACUGCAAUAAACACGCUUUGUAUAGGUUUACAUUUUAAUGUUUUUAGAGUUUGUACGGAGAGAUUUGGCAAACCAGUGAAGUGCCUGAAACCACUAUUGCAAGGGUUCUCAAACUGGGGGUCAGGAGGUUAUUACAUGGGGGAUCACAAGCAAGCCUCCACCCCAACUCCCGCUUUGCAUCCAGCAUUUAUAAUGGUGUUAAAUAUAUAAAAAAAAAUUUUAAUUUAUAAAGGGGGGGGUCACACUCAGAGGCUUGCUAUUUGAAAGGGGUCACCAGUACAAAAGUUUGAGAACCACCGCACUGUUGCUUAUUGCUCAAAGUUAUCAAGUCAGCAGGCCGCAAAUUGGUCAUGCAGUGGCCUUAGCAUAACCAAGGCAGGAGGGAAGGGAGUUCUGGGUGCCACAGACAGGGCAGCUUGACCCCAUGUCCUUCCUGCUAAGAAUGUUGAAAUUGCUGAUAUAUGUAUUUUAGAAAAACAGGAAGUCUGUCUGUAUGUGCCUCCGGGAAUGUUUGUCAAGGCCCCAAGGUAUGGACACUCUGGGGGGGUGAGGGGGGGUGGGGAGGAAAACAAAACAAAAACAUAUCUGGUUAAAUUGAUGAUCAGAAGGAAACCCCUUGCUUGACCUUUAAAAACUGCUUGCUUAGCAAGUUUUCUUUAAGGGACAUGUCAUUGUAUUAUUAAUGUAUAAAUAAGGGGAAAAAGUUUGAGGUAGCUGGACUUCUCAGGAGGGGCUCUUCAGGAACGCUCCCUCUGGACGCACCUUGGGGUCCCCACCGGCAGACAGAAGUUUGGCCAGCAGAAGCCUAUCAUGGUGCAACUCGAAAGCCACGUUCACCUUCGGUAAUUAUCAAGGGUUGGGGGUGUUUUACUAACCUGUUGCGUACGUGAAAGCACUCUUGCGUUGUCCUGUUUGUGCCAGCCAUCUAUCAGUUGGAUGGCCGUGUCUCCCUUGAUUUAUUUCCUGACACCACCUUGCACAGAAUAAAAGUUACCAAGAGCUUUGGGUUAAAAGAACCCCAGGUAACAAGUGGGCAAACCAGAUAAGAAGUCUGGAUUUUAUCUGCGGUGCAGCCUUUAGCUUGGAAAGCAGAUGACUUAUUUUAGGACCAUGUAUAUAUUUCAAAGUCUUUGGGGGCAGCUUUCAAUUUCAUCCUUGUCGACCCAAAACUCAAGAGGUACAGAUUUAGGAACACCCCUCCCCUUUCAUUUUUGCAAUUUGAAGAACCUUUCCCACCUGAUUAGCAGAGUUACUAGGGUCAAAUUUGUGGCCUAAGCUUCAAUUUAUUUUCUAAACAGUUUUAAAGUGAGUUAUGUGCUGGUGAAAUGUGCUCAACUGACAGCCCUGGAGACUGAAGACUUCCAUUUGGUCAUGGAAUAGCACAUGCUUCCAUCCUACCAUCCCUGAUCUGCAGGGAGCCAGAGGGAAGUCCGGUCUCGGUGACUCGCCAAGUCCUUGGCCUUUCUGCUGCAGCUGUCAGCCAGGGCUCCAGUUGGUCUUAAUGUGAACCCUUGUGCACUAGGAACUGGACAGAUACCAUUAGUUUAUUUCACAUAGGCCAAACAGCCAACAGAUGGUAGGACUUGUGGUCACUACUCACCUCAGCUGGAUCUCAACUGGCUACUUAGAGGCAAAAUGGUCUGUGCUGUCCCUUACCAGUGCAAGAGCCAUCCUAGUCCUCCCCUCCAUUUUGAACCUAACCUGGCAUGUCCUUUAAACAUCCCUGCAGCAAGCCGCCCCUCUCUCCUACUGCCUAGAGUUUGAAAUGAGGUGCUGUACACACAUCAAAUGCAGAAGCACGAGACAAUGCCCGGCUUUAGAUUAAUAAUUUCUUUAUUAAUGUAAAACAAAUGCAAGUAUUUAUAUAAACAUUGACAUUACAAAGUACUGGAACUGGCAGGAGGGAAGGGGGAAAACGAAAACCUCUACAGAUGCUUCUAAUACUGUCCCAAACAAGACCAAAAUGCUCUGUUCCUUGGACAAUCAAUCACUUAUACAAUAAACCACUUUAAAGGUCA